CUCUUCCACGCGGAAAAGCAGAAAUUUUUUUAAGCGAUAAAAAAAAAAAAUGGAAACUUGAAAAAGAUAAUCUCUUUGGCUCUUCGAUUUUUGUUUGGAUUAUUAUUUACCUUAGAUCGGAGCAAGUUUUAAAGAAUCAAGAGGGUUUUGUUCAGGAUAACGUAAUUGGGAUUACUCGCACAUCGUUGUUGAUUCUGGACAAUACUUCACUUGGCCUAUCUUGAGUGCCAGUGUUUUCGUUGUUAUUGCCAUCAUCCUCCCCAUGUAUCUUAUCUUCGAGCACUUAGCUUCUUAUAAUCAACCUGAGGAACAGAAGUUUCUUAUUGGACUUAUUCUGAUGGUUCCUGUUUAUGCCGUGGAAUCGUUUUUGUCUUUGGUGAAUUCAGAAGCAGCUUUCAACUGCGAGGUGAUUCGGGAUUGUUAUGAAGCCUUUGCACUCUAUUGUUUCGAGAGAUAUUUGAUAGCUUGCCUAGAUGGAGAGGAACGUACAAUUGAAUUCAUGGAACAGCAGACAGUUAUUACUCAGAGCACUCCUCUUCUGGAAGGCACAUGUUCUUAUGGAGUUGUGGAGCAUCCCUUUCCAAUGAACUGCUUCGUAAAAGAUUGGAGUCUUGGUCCUCAGUUUUAUCAUGCUGUGAAAAUUGGCAUUGUUCAAUAUAUGAUACUGAAAAUGAUUUGUGCUCUUUUAGCAAUGAUCCUUGAAGCCUUUGGGGUUUAUGGAGAAGGGAAGUUUGCAUGGAAUUAUGGAUAUCCAUAUCUGGCUGUAGUGCUCAAUUUCAGUCAAACAUGGGCAUUAUAUUGCCUUGUACAGUUCUAUAAUGUCAUCAAAGAUAAGCUAGCACCCAUUAAACCACUGGCCAAGUUUUUAACAUUUAAGUCUAUUGUAUUCCUCACCUGGUGGCAAGGUAUUAUUGUUGCAUUCCUCUUCUCUAUGGGACUCUUCAAAGGGUCUUUGGCUAAGGAGCUGAAAACGCGAAUACAAGACUACAUCAUCUGUAUCGAAAUGGGAAUUGCUGCUGUGGUCCAUCUCUAUGUCUUCCCAGCAGCGCCUUACAAGCGUGGAGAAAGAUGUGUUCGUAAUGUAGCAGUCAUGUCAGAUUAUGCCUCUUUAGAUGUACCACCUGAUCCAGAAGAGGUUAAAGAUAGUGAAAGAACUACUAGAACUCGGUAUGGUAGACAUGAGAUAGAGAAACGCUUGAAUUUCCCACAAAGUGUUCGUGAUGUUGUGCUUGGGAGCGGUGAAAUCAUUGUGGAUGACAUGAGGUUCACGGUUUCUCACGUGGUGGAACCGGUUGAAAGAGGGAUAGCGAAAAUAAAUAGAACAUUCCAUCAGAUAUCUGAAAAUGUGAAAAGAUUUGAGCAGCAGAAGAAAACGACAAAGGAUGAUUCAUAUGUGAUUCCACUGAAUCCAUGGACUAAAGAAUUCUCAGAGAUUCACGAAAACCUUCACGAUGGAGGGAGUGUAAGCGACAGCGGUCUAGGAAGCACAAAGCGGCAUCACCAGUCUAGAGUUUCAGGAUUGUGGACUCGAAUGCGAAGGUAAAAAAAAAACAAAUGGUGGUGCAAAGCAACCAAAGCUGCAAGAAUGCUGAAGAUGCCUCUUUAUUUUUUGGGGAAGUCUCAUCUUCGUCAACACCAUCUAACAAAAAGAAGUUGUAGAUUUUAUGAGAUGAUGAUGCUCAUCUGCUUGGAUUACACACAGGUAAAACAACAGAUGCUACUACUGACUAGUUUUCUCUACUCUUUUAUACAACUUCAUCGAGAAGUUAGAUUUGUAUCUCGCAAUGACAGAUUGUGUUACACAUAAAAAUAAAAUAAAAAGUUUGUCACGGCUAAACAAAAUC